ACAUGGCUGGGCGCGUGCUCCUGAGCCUGGCGCUCUUGCUCCUCCCGCAACUCUCGAGCGGGGCCAAGAAAGCGGAGCAGGCAGACUCCGACGUCAUCGAAGACGUGAGCGGGAAACAGCUCGAGAGCCUUCUGCAGACCGAGGAAUACCUCGCCGUCUUUUUCUACACGAAGAUAUGCAAAAACUGCGAUGCCAUACUGGCCGAGUUGGAGCACAUCAACGACGAAGCGGAAAAGUUCGGCGUGGCUUUCGUCAAGAACAGCGAUCGACCGACGGCGAAGAAACUCGGCAUCACCAAGUUCCCGUCGCUUGUCUACUUCCGAAACAAGGAGCCCACCAUCUACGAAGAUGACCUGAUGGACGAAGAGAAAGUGCUCGACUGGCUAACAAACUUGGAGGCCAUGGAGCUGCCGGACCGGAUAGAAGAGGUCAACGGAAAGAUCCUAGAGAGCCUCAUCAAGGAGAGCCAAUACCUGGCCGUUCUCUUUUACAAACAGAAGCACAAGGAGUCCGAGGCGGUCCUCACUGAACUCGAGAACAUCGACGACGAGGCGGACGCGUUGGGAAUCGGCUUCGUCAAGAUCUCCGAGACCGAGGUGGCCGAGGAAUUCGGCCUAGACCAACUGCCAGCACUGGUCUACUACCGAAAGACCAUCCCGCUACUCUACGACGGUGACUUAAAGAACGAAGAGGACGUGCUCAAAUGGCUGCAGCAGUUCAUGGACACCGGUGACGACACAGACAUCAUCGAGGAGGUUUCAGCGGACGACAUGAAUGCGCUCAUCGAGAAGACUGACAUACUGGCCGUCUUCGUCUAUGACGCGAACGAUGCGAAGAGCAAGAAGAUCCUGGAAGAGCUGGAGGCGAUCGACGACGAUGCCGACCAGCACGGCAUCCCGUUCGUCAAGACGGACGACGUGGAGUUUGCCAAGAAGUACGGCUGGGACACGCUGCCCGUCCUGAUAUUCUUCGAGAACGAGGUGCCCACUGUGUUCAAAGGGGACUUGACCAACGAGGAGAAAGUGCUGAGCUGGCUGGUGGAGCAGAAGAUGAAGGACGAGAUCGAGGACGUGUCCGAGGACGUAUUCGACGAGCUCGUCCAGAAGGCUGACUAUCUCGCGGUACUUUUUUACAAGAAAGGCGACGCGAAGUGCGACAAGGUGCUCAAGGAGCUCGAGAACAUCGACGACGAGUUGGACUCGCACGACAUACCCUUCGUGAAGAUCGACGACGAGGACGUCAUCAAGGAGUACGGCAUCGACGGCGUGCCGCAGCUCGUGUACUUCGAGGACUCGAUACCAAACUUCUAUUCAGGUGACUUGACAAAAGAGGAGCAGGUUCUUGAGUGGCUCGUGAAGCAAAAGGAGACCGACGAGAUUGAAGACGUCACUCCCGAGGUGCUGGAAACGCUCAUAAAGAAGUCCAAUUUCCUGGCUGUGCUCUUCUACGACAAGGACGACCCGAAGAGCCGAGAAGUGCUCAAGGAGCUCGAGAACAUCGACGACGACGCGGACGCGCACGACCUGCCCUUCAUCAAGAUCGACGACGACGAGGUGGCGCGCAGUUACGGCAUCGACGACGAGCUGCCGCUGCUUGUCUACUUCGAGAAGGAGAUACCGAACAUCUACGAAGGUGACCUGACGAAGGAGGAGGAGGUGAUCGAGUGGCUUCUGCACCAGAUGAAGUCGGACGCCAUCGAGGAAGUGAGCGACAAGAUCCUCGACUCGCUCGUCGAAAAGCACCCGCACGUCGCCGUGCUCUUCUACCAAGAGAAGGACAAGAGGUCCGAGAAGAUCCUGGCCGAGCUGGAGAACAUCGACGACGAGGCAGACGAGCACGACAUCGUGUUCCUGAAAACAAACGACCCCGAGGCGGCCGAGAAGCACGGAAUCGAGAGCUUCCCGAAACUCGUCUUCUACGACAACGAGAUCCCCAAUUUGUACGACGGCGACCUGAUGGAUGAAGACAAAGUCCUGGCCUGGUUUAUUAAGCAGAAAGAAUCGGACGAAAUUGAGGAGAUCACUGAGAAGAUGCUGUUCGAGCUUAUCGACGAAAAUCCUUUCCUGGUCGUCCUGUUCUAUGACAAAGACCACAAGGGUAGCGCCGAGGUGCUCGCCGAGCUGGAGAACAUCGAUGACGACCUGGACAAGCACAAGAUCCCUUUCGUGAAGAUCGACGACGACAGCGUGGCCAAGGACUUCGGUAUCCUCGACGAGCUGCCCGCCAUCGUGUACUUCGAGGACAAGAUACCCAACGUCUACGAAGGUAACCUGAAAGAUGAAGAGGAGGUCCUGAAAUGGAUCCUACACCAAAAGUCAGAGGAUACCAUUGAGGAAGUCACCGAAGAAAUCCUCGAGAUGCUGCUACGUCAGAAAGAAUACGUUAUGGUGUUCUUCGCGCCCGACAACUGCAAGGAGUGCCCGAAAAUUCUGGCUGAGCUUGAAAAAAUUGACGACGAAUCCGACGAUCACGGCAUCAUUAUCGUGACUACCGAUGACACAAAGUUGGCCAAAAAGCAGGCCGGAGUGACCCGCCUUCCAGCCAUCGUUUUGUUCAGGAAUGGACAGCCUGUUCAUUACAAAGGGGACCUUAUGGACGAAGACGAGAUUCUGCGGUGGAUGACAAGUGAGGAGACGCUGGACAUUCCAGACCAGAUAGAGAGCGUCAACCAGAAGAUGCUGGAGAAAAUGCUGAGCACCAGCGACUAUGUGGCGGUCUUCUUCACCAAGCCGAAAUGUGUGGAGUGUGACAAAGUUCUCGCCGAGCUUGAGAACAUUGACGACGAAGCAGAGGCACUGGACAUCGACUUCGUCAAGGUCACCGACCCGAAAAUAGCCAAGGCUUACGAGAUUAUUUCCCUGCCUGCCCUGGUGUUCUUUAAGAAGAAGUUUCCUCAGUACUACGAUGGGAACCUCAAGGACGAAGACCAAGUGCUCAAGUGGCUGACCGAAAUGAAGGAGAGGUCCGGUGAUGAGAUCGAGCUCGUGGAUCGCAGGAUGCUGGAAAUGCUUUUACAGGACAUGGAAAGCGUCGCCGUCUUUUUCUUCUCCGACGAGUGUCCCGAGUGCGACAAGGUGCUGGAUGAACUGGAGAACAUCGACGACGACACGGACAAGCACGGCAUCUACUUCGUCAAGAUCGACGACGAGACGUACGCCAAGGAGCUGGGCGUGACCGAGUUUCCGUCGCUGGUGUACUUCGAACACGGCGCACCCAGCAUCUACGUUGGUGACCUGACCAAGGAGGAGAACGUGCUGGAGUGGCUGGUCAAGCAGAAGAACGAGGACACCAUCGAGAACAUCAACAGGGACAUGCUCAAUAAGAUGAUCGCAGACACCGACUAUUUGGCUGUGUUCUUCUAUCUGGAAGACGACGACGAGAGCCAGGAGAUGCUGCUGCACUUGGAAAACAUCGACGACGACUGCAGCGACUACGAGGUGCACCUAGUCAAAAUGCAGGACAACUUGAUGGCCAAAAAGUACGGCAUACGUAACCCGCCAGGACUGGCCUACUUCCGGCACAGCAAACACCUCAAGUUCACCGGUGAUCUUUUCGACGAAGAGGAAGUUCUGGAAUGGCUCACUAAUCCAGAAAACAUGGAAAUGGACGACGCCAUUGAGAGAGUCAACAAGCGAAUGUUCGAAAGGAUCCUGGCGAAGUCUGAGUACCUGACCGUGUUCUUCUACAGCAAGACGGGCUGCAAGCAGUGCGUGAAGGUUCUCGAGGAGCUGGAGAAGAUCGACGACGAUGCGGACGCGCACGGCAUCAACAUGGUGAAGAUAGACGACAUGGCGCUGGCCAAGAAGUACGGCGUGUUCGCCAUCCCGGCCAUCCUGUUCUUCCGGGGUGACGACAAGGAGCCUGUCAUCUACGCCGGUCGGUGGCUCUCCUCCGGUGACGGUGAUUUCAAGAACGGCGAGCAUAUCCUCGAGUGGAUUCUGCUUCAAAAGAACCCCGGAAGUGAGAUCAUCGAAGAAGUGGACGGCGAAGGCCUAAAAAAACUUAUCAAGGCGGCCAAGUACCUGGCCGUUUUAUUCUAUUCGGAAGGAUCCGAAUGUGAGGAAUGCAAGACCAUACUGGAAGAACUGGAGAACAUUGACGAUGACACCGAUCGCCACGGCAUCCAGUUUGUCAAGACAACGGACAUUGCGAUGACCCAGGAGUACGGCGUCAAGGAACUGCCAGCGCUGGUGUAUUUCGAGAACCAAAUACCAAACGUGUACGAAGGUGACCUGGGCGCCGAAGAGGAAGUGCUCCAGUGGCUCGUUUUGCAGAAAUCGGAAGACACCAUCGAAACUGUGAACCGUGACAUGAUGGACCGGCUCAUUGAGGAGACGCAGUAUUUGGCCGUCUUUUUCUACAAGCCCAAUUGCAAGGCUUGUGACCAAGCCCUGCACGAACUGGAGAACAUUGACGACGACGCCGACCUGUACGGCAUUCACAUGGUCAAGAUCCAGGACCCGUCGUUGGCGAAGCGAUACGGCAUCAAGACGUUUCCCGCUCUCGUGUACUUCCGUAACGCAAACCCUUUAAUAUAUGACGGUGACAUAAAAAAUGAGGAGGCCGUGCUGGAUUGGCUCAUUGAUGACGACAACCGGGAACUGGCUGACGAAAUCGAAGCCGUCAAUAAGAGGAUGCUUGACAAGCUGGUAGAGGACUCGCCAUUCCUUGCCGUCCUCUUUUAUGAAGAUGACUGCGAGGACUGCGACAAGGUUCUCAAGGAGCUCGAGAACAUUGACGAUGAAGCCGACGUGUUCGGCAUCGACUUCGUGAAGAUAAACGACUUCGAAGCGGCGAUGCAGUUCGGUGUGUCUACAUUCCCGACGUUGGUCUACUUUCGCAAAAAGACCCCUGUCGUCUACGACGGUGACCUGCUCAACGAGGAGAAGGUGCUGGCCUGGCUCACCAGUCACGAGAACAUCGAGCUCAAGGACGAAAUUGAGGAGGUCAACAGAAAGAUGCUCGACAAGCUGCUCGACGAAAACGAUUUCGUCGCCGUGUUCUUCUUUGACAGCAACUGUCCAAAGUGCGACAGCGUGUUAGCCGAGCUGGAGAACAUUGAUGAUGAAGUGGACGACCUCGACGUAACCUUCGUGAAAAUUAACGAUGUCAAGUACGCCAGGAAGUACGGCAUCGCCCAAGUCCCAGCCAUCGUUUACUUCCGGAGGAAGUUUCCAUCUAUCUUCAGGGGUGACCUGAUGAAAGAAGAAGAGGUCCUGGAGUGGCUGAAAAAAAAUCGGUACAGGCACCCUGAACUGAGCCUGUUCAUGUACGCGCUGAUAGCCAUAUCAACAGCGUUCAUCUUGUACACGCUAUUUCUCAUCUUCUGUAUGAAGGCCCCCCGUGAAAAGAAAGAGUGAUCUCAGUGCAAGCCCGGUGUGAGGCCAAAUCUCGCGUCGCCCCGAGAGAGAGUUUGUGGUUGCGAACGAGAAGCAUUUGGGGAGAAGCUGUCGACACAAGCCAGCUCGGUUGAAAUAAGGGCUCCGGAUUCCCCAAACGUGGUUUCCUUCUGCCCGUUCCUUACUUCGAAUACAGCGCAAUGAAAAGAACUACGUUCCUAUGAUCGUAUUUAACUAUCCGUUGGAAGUACGGAUGUAGUUGUUGCCCAGCCGGUGGGCGUUACGGCGUGCUUAAUGAAACCAAUGUUGUCCUCGCUGUUUAAAACUGCAGCACGCCACAAUGUAUACACUGCGGUCUGUAAACUCUCACCGAAGACAAACUCAAAUCGAAUAUCAGAAAUAGGCGUACACUCGAAACUCGAUUAAACGAAGUGAUGAUCAUGCUCAAAGUAUUCCGUUGAAUCGGGAAGUUAGUAAAUUUCAAAAAAAAAUUUGGUCCUCCAAAGCCUGAAAUUUUGACGUAUAUAUAACGACACCCAAAAGCUACCGCGAAAUUAUUUUAUCUGCUGUCAACCAGCGCCCACACGAGCGGAAAGGGCGGCCAGCGUCCGGGCGACGCAGGCAAGGUCACGUGAAGCUGUGACAACACGUGUACAGAGAAUGAUUGCAGUAAUUGCGUCACCAGUAGGAGCGAAGAGUAAGAAGAGAAAUAAACUUGAAAUAACGAAGGCAACCACUGUGGCGUUCCUGUGACGAUAAGCUUCAGCCGCUUCUGACGCCACCUGGUACAUGUUGAGCUCGUUGUUCUGUGCGUGGGCGUGGCCUCGUCGAAAUAAAACAAGGCUUUUAUCGCUGCAUUACACGCCCGAAGGAAAACCAGACUGUGUCAAAAUUUCAAGAAUUUAUCCCUUAUUUCAUAUAAUAUAUUUCACACAAGCUUCAUUAAAGUGGAUGUGGUGGGCAAUUAUAGUUUCGUUAGUUCCAGUUGAUGACAACAGUCAAGUCUUAAGGAGAAUGCAAGUUAUUCGUUAGAGCGGAAACUUUGUAAAACUGGGUUUCGUCAUAUCUAGUUUCAAGCGUAAUAGGGGACGCGGUUGGGUGAAUAUUCUUGGAAAGAAAGAACGUUGGCCGAGUUUGAACAGAGAGUUGAAACAUGGAAAAAGACGUACCUGUCUCAAUCACCGUUCAUGUGACAUCCUUUGUUAUUUUACCCGCUAUUACCGCAAAGGCCGCGACAAGUUGACGGCGUUGCAACGUUCCAUCACAUAUACUAUGUGGUAUCACGAAAUAAAAUACGUGCAUAAAACAAUCCAGGAAAUGAGGUCAUCCUGAGCGUCGACUAUUGCGUUUGCGUCGUUGGAAUUGCGUGAAACAAGCCAUUUCGACACUGUCGAGUCGGUAUAGUGCCGACAUAUCAUUAUUGCUGAUUCAUCCCAUAGGCAAUUUUUUGCGGGCAUUAUGUAUGGGCGAUAAAAACCGUAAUAACUUACCAACUAAAACUACAUUAUGUACAGUAUAGAUUCCUAAUACUUUGAAUACACGUAAUUUAUUACGGAACAAUAAGCAAUGCAACAUCAAAUAUAUCCAUCCCAAAUCCAAGACAGGCUCGUGCAACGGUCACGUCUUGUGUAAAGCGUGCUAUUUUCGACAAAUAACAUGAUGGUAGCAACGAAAGAUUUAUCGUCUGUGGGAAACGCGUCCCGUUAAAAAUGGGCGAUCUUUACGUAGCCUGGUUAGUAUUCUGUGUGUGGAUGCUUGUGUGAUAAUGCAAGGAGAGAUCACUUACCAUUAUCAAUACGUUGUUUGUGUUUCAGAAAGUAAAACCCACUGAAGCGAUCGGCUGUACAUCUCCCGAGAUUGUAGUGUUCGUUGACAAUCCUUCAGGUGCCUUCGCAGCUUCGGCAGUUAAGGCGAAGUACCGAGAAGUGUUAAGUAUGCACUGAAUGGAAGGACACAACCACGUUUUGUGUGAACUGACACUGCUCCGUUGUGUUCUUUACCCAAUUUCUAAACAUUGUAAAAAAAACUGCACAUAUGUACUGUUUACAAUUAUGUUUGUUGAACUUACUCAAGUUAUUUUUUUUCUUUUGCACACGAAGCACACGGUAGGAAAGCUCGCCAUUGUCCAUUUAAAUAGCACGCCGUAAUUCUUCUAUGCGCACACGUUCUAGGAAGUGGGAAAACCAUCGGGUAGGUUACGCGAACAAAAAUAUGAAAAAUAUAAAUUAAACGGUAAAUAUUGCUGAGUCAAACGCAAAUCAUUCAGCAUUCGUACAACCAUACUUGGUAGCAUGCGGAAUCACUCGAAUCAACGCGGAUAAACUUUUCCUAUUUCUUGACAUAGGGCGUGGCGUAAGUAUAUAACACUUUGUACAAGUUGUAUCUUCACGCACGUGGUUCAAAAAAUGACGAUAAUGUGUGCUUUGGCAACUCUUUACACAUGAAAUAUGCUGUUCCAAACAUGUGUAUGGAGCAGUACUGUACAGAAUUGUAAAGAUGCAUUGUAAUGAGUUAUCUCCAUUGCAAGGUGCUUGUGUUCAACUUUAUGAAUCUUACUUUUACGAUGCUCUGUCUGAAUGAUAAAUUGAAAAAAAAAAAGAAUGUACUUCAUGCAGAACCAUGACAGUGAUCCCGCCUUGUAUGAAGUUUUACGAUGUAUUCACUGUGAUGGAGAUUUUCUUUUCUUUAUGAUUUAACAUGGUCUUCUAUGCAAAUAAUAGAGAGUAGUUUUAACUUUGACAUGCAUAUGAGGAAAAAUCGUUCGGCUGAUAUAAACACUAGUCCACCACCAAUCAACUCGAUAAAUCAAUUCAUAUUCAAAGGUGUCAUAAAGCCUCAGCCGGACGCAGCGAAAACGGCCUCGUGUAUCAAGUGUGUACACAUUAUUCGUUCACAAACAGUGAGAACAAUAAAGCAACACGUGUUUGUACUUGUA